GCCCAGCCAACCUGGGAAGCUCUCCUCGUCGCUUUCAGGCGGAGGGCGACUUCCAGCGAUCGGUCGCCGCCGCCACUUCUUCGGGUCUCCGGUUGAUAAGGAAGUUCCGAGAGUCGGGGAGACAGCCCUCCACCCCCACCCCAAAGACACCGGCUUGAACCGAUUGCGCUAGAGGGAAGCUGGGGAAGGGUGCCGAAGUCGACUCGGUCGCUACCCCCACCCCACAAACCCCGAUUUUGUAAACCCGUCGAGUGCUGUUGACUGUUGUGGAAACGAGUGAGAUUUAUGAAUCUUGCAUCCAUCCUUUUUCUUCCUUUAUGAAGCAUUCUGUGAUAUUUGAAGAAAACCUGAGGUGAAGGUGCUUCUAAAAUUCAAAAGCUCUUAUAUGACCCACUGCAGGUUAAAAGAAGGAGAAGAGGUGAUCUGUUGAAAACAAGUGAAGUAAAAGAAGAACCUGGACAUGCAUUGCACAGAAAUGGCUGUGUGGAUUUGGGCGCUGAGCAUUCUGAGCUACUAUUGUGUCACCUGUGCGUUAAGGCCCAAGAAUUGGGAUUCAUUCCAGAGUAAAACAGAACUGAGCCACCUGACAGUGAACUAUGAGACAGGGACAGUCUACUUAGGAGCAGUAAAUGCCCUGUAUCAACUGACGAGGGACCUGAAACCCUAUCCAUCAGUAGAGGAAGUAUCAACCGGGCCUCAUUUGGACAACAAAAAGUGCACACCUCCCAUCGAUGAAAGCCAAUGUACUGAUGCAAAAAGGACCGACAAUUAUAACAAGAUGCUUUUGUUAGACAUUCAAGAGAGAAAAAUUGUCGUAUGUGGGAGCCUGUUUAAGGGCAUAUGUUCCAUAAGAGAGCUUGAGAACAUUUCCAACAGAACAUAUUAUGAGAAUGGAAGUGGAGAAAAAUCAUUUGUUGCCAGUAACGAUGAGAAUGUAACCACAGUGGGGUUGAUCACUUCGCUGAAAAAAGGUCGAAUGAUGUUUGUUGGAAAGGGAAAUGGGGGAAAUGACAAUGGGAUAAUAAUCAGCACCCGGCAGCUUUUUAAUGGGGAUGGGAGAGAGAUUUUUGAACUGUAUGCAGAUGCUGCUGCUAUUAAAUCAGCAUACCCAUCCCCAAGCACACAACAGUUUCUGUACAUCUUUGAAAACAAAAAUUUUGUAUAUUUUAUUUUCAAUCAGAAUUUCAAUCAGCAGGGCACUGCUGUCAAUCGCACACUGAUCGGGCGGCUCUGCAAGGAAGAUGAACAUUAUCAUUCCUACUUUGAGAUGGACUUGGAGUGUCAGGAUGACACUGGACCUUACAACCAAAGCAAUGCCAUUUAUGCCUCAGUGCCCGGGUACAUUCCAGGAAAUAGUAAAGCAUCAGUAUCAGAAGAUGAUGAAGCCUCAUCGCAGGAUACACUGCUUAUUGGACUUUUCAGGAGGAUGGAAAAAGACUCCUUGGAAUGUGCCAUGUGUGUGUUUUCAUUGAAGCAAAUCAAUGAAAAAAUGGAGGAAAACAGGGAGAGAUGUUACAUGAAGGAUGACCAAGAUGUGUUCUACAAACCAUUUAGAUCAGAAAAUCCUCCAUGUAGUACUGCAUCUCACCAGAAUUCCAGUAAGACCUUUCCAUGUGGUUAUGAACAUUUGCCAUACCCUUUGGGAAGCAAAGAGGGAAUUUCUGCGAAACCCCUGUUGAAAAAGGAGGGAAUAAAUUUAACUGCAGUUACUUUUGCAGUAGAAAAUGAGAACACUGUAGUAUUUGUUGGAACAUCAGAUGGCAGAAUCUUGAAGGUGGCUUUGGCUAAUCCUGCAAAGGAGUAUAUCAGCAUUGUUAUUGAGAAAAACAAGCCUAUCAAGAGAGAUCUGGUCCUUGAUGCUUUCCAUGAGCAUCUGUAUGUGAUGACCACAAACAAGGUCUUUCGCUUGCCUGUCCAAGAAUGUGAUAGUUACACAAGUUGUAAUCAGUGUAUUCAAGCCCGGGAUCCUUACUGCGGCUGGUGUGUAACAGAAGGAAAAUGCACAAGGAAAAAAGACUGUGAACGAUCAGCAAGGAGAAAUAAUUGGCUCUGGAGUCCAGAUGGCAUUUGCUUGAAAGUUACAGGUGCUAACCCUCAAAACAUGAGCCGAAGAGCUCCACGGAUGGUAGAAUUGACUGUGACCCCUUUACCAGAUUUAAAUGAAGAUGACAAGCUUUGGUGUCACUUUGGUGAAAUGAUCCAUCAAGCUCAGUUACAAGGAGAGGCUAUUGUCUGUCCACCUCCUAACGUAAUACCUGCAACACCAGAAGGCCAAGAUUAUGUCCAGGUUCCGCUGAAUUUGACCUUUGGAGAUAAUAUAUUUUUUGCAUCGGGCACAUACCCUUUUUAUGAUUGUGGAAAAGCUAUAAAUUGUAUUGAAAAUGAACCGUGCUAUUCCUGUGCAAGCAGUAAAUGGAAUUGUCAGUGGAACAGAAAGGAUCAUAUAUGUGAAGAUGCAUCACCAAAUGAAGAUGUGAUUAAACAAAACAUGGCAGAAGAAUGCCCACACUUCCUGAAUCCUAACCCUAAAAUAAUACCCAUGGAAGUCUCAACAGAAGUAUAUUUUGAAGGAAAGAAUCUAGAUCAUUAUCAGGGUAGCCACUUCAGAAUUGGAAAUAGCCACUUUGGAUUUGAGACUACAGUGGAACAAACGUCUGAUGGAACUUAUUUCUUUCAGAGUCCAACGAUUCAAAGCCCUGCAAAUGAAACACUACAAUUCAAUUUGUUCAUUAAAACAGAUCAAGUCAAGAUUGAUAGUAAACUUACUGUGACUUUAUACAGCUGUUCCUAUGGUCGGGAUGACUGCAGCUUGUGUCUAGCAGCUGAUCAUCAGUAUGAAUGUGUCUGGUGUGAAGCCAGUGAGAGUUGUGUUUACACAAAACGCUGUUCUACUUCUACUGUCAUCUGCCCUCCUCCAGUUAUUACUCAGAUUGAACCAAAGAAUGGGCCAUUAAGUGGUGGGAUUUUAUUGACCAUAAUGGGAUCUAAUUUGGGCGUCCUAUCUGAAGAUGUCAAAAAUAUAAUGGUGGCAGGCACUGAAUGUAUUUUCAAAGAGGAGUUUUAUUCUGUUUCUACCAAGAUUGUAUGUGAGGUUGGAGGCGUGUUGGAAAAAACACAGGGUAACAUUGAAGUUGAUAUAAAGGGACAACAAGGUCAAUCAGCAAAUGAAGUGACGUUUACAUAUCAGGAUCCUGAACCUACAGGAAUGCAUCCUCAGAAAGGCCCCCAAGCUGGAGGAACUGUCCUAACAAUCACUGGCACAAACUUAGACACUGGCUCUAUUCAAGAUGUCAGAGUUCACCUUGAUAAUGAACCCUGUAAAGUUAUCGAGUUUGGACCAGAAAUAGUUUGUGUUACUGGUCCAAACAGCAAAGAAGGGCCUGUUCCAGUAACAGUGUGGCAUGGAAGCACCAAAAAAACAAUAGAAAAUGAACAGUUUACCUACAGUGAAAACCCUGUCAUUACCAAGAUCACCCCCGAAGUCAGCAUUCGCAGUGGAGGACGAAAUAUUACUGUAGUUGGUGCUGGUUUUGAUAUCAUUCAGAAUUUUUUUGUGGAAGUUAUAUUUAAGCCUUUUGGAGAUAUAUCUUCAAAAAGGAGGAAGAGGGAGAUAGAGGAACAACAAAAGUUUGAAGGCAAAACUGUCUCAAAAAUCAAUGACACUGCAAUAGUCUUCUUAUCUCCACCAGUACUGGAGGAUCCAGAAAAUUAUAGAAUUGCUGUAAUUAUUAAAAUGGAUGGUCAUCAGGUUGAAAAAGACUUCCAGUAUGUUGCUGAUCCAACCUUUGAAAACUUCACUGAUGGUGUCAAAAAGCAGGUCAACAAACUCAUUCAUGCAAAGGGUAGUAAUCUGAACAAAGCUAUGACAAUAGAUGAGGCUCGUGCGUUUGUAGGAGAGGAGCCCUGCCACAUAACAACUCUGACCGAGAAGGAUUUAUACUGUGAACCACCUGAAGAACAACCCCCACCCAAGCGAAGACAGAAGAGAGAUACAGUUAAUAACCUGCCAGAAUUCAUUGUGAAAUUUGGCUUCAAAGAAUGGGUCCUAGGAAGAGUGGAGUAUACCCAAGUGAGUGACGUGCCACUGAGCCUUAUCUUGCCACUGGUAAUUAUUCCUAUGGUGGCCAUUAUCUUCACCUCAAUUUAUUGCUACAGGAGGAAGAGCCAACAAGCAGAACGAGAAUAUGAAAAAAUUAAAUCACAACUUGAAGGCUUGGAGGAAAGCGUCAGGGACCGGUGCAAAAAGGAAUUUACAGAUCUAAUGAUUGAAAUGGAGGAUCAGACAAAUGACAUCAAUGAAGCAAGAAUUCCUGUGUUGGACUAUAAAACCUAUACAGACAGAGUCUUCUUUCUACCAUCCAAAGAUGGAGAAAAAGACGUGAUGAUCACUGGGAAACUGGACAUCCCAGAAGCUAGACGACCAACUGUAGAGCAGGCAUUGAAUAAUUUCUCCAAUCUGCUGAAUAGUAAAUUAUUUCUCAUUAAUUUCAUUCAUACGUUGGAAAACCAAAGAGAAUUUUCUGCCCGUGAAAAAGUAUAUUUUGCAUCUCUCUUGACUGUGGCUUUACAUGGGAAGUUAGAAUACUAUACAGACAUCAUGAGGACUUUGUUUUUGGAGCUGAUGGAGCAGUAUGUUGUGGCCAAAAAUCCUAAACUGAUGCUCCGAAGGUCAGAAACCGUAGUGGAGAGGAUGCUAUCCAACUGGAUGUCCAUUUGUCUGUACCAGUACCUCAAGGACAAUGCUGGAGAGACUCUUUAUAAAUUGUUCAAGGCCAUCAAACAUCAGGUGGAAAAAGGACCUGUGGAUGCUGUGCAGAUGAAAGCCAAAUACACACUGAAUGACACUGGAUUAUUGGGAGAUGAUGUGGAAUACUCUCAACUGACUGUAAAUGUGAUUGUACAAGAUGAAGGCGCAGAGCCUGUACCAGUGAAAGUGCUCAACUGUGAUACUAUUUCUCAAGUGAAGGAAAAGAUCAUAGACCAAGUCUAUCGAAAUCUGCCUUAUUCACAGUGGCCAAAGCCUGACAGUGUUGUUCUUGAAUGGCGUCCAGGUUCUACGGCACAGAUACUCUCAGACUUGGAUUUAACAUCGCAAAGAGAAUGCAGAUGGAAACGCAUCAAUACCCUGAUGCACUAUAAUGUGCGAGAUGGUGCUACUCUCAUCCUGUCAAAAAUGGGGGUUUCCCAGCAGCCAGAAGAUCACCAACAAGACAUGCCAGGAGAAAGGCAUGCAUUAUUAGAAGAGGAGAAUAAGAUUUGGCAUCUAGUUCGGCCAGUAGAUGAAGUUGAUGAAGGCAAAUCAAAAAGAGGGAGUAUGAAAGAGAAAGAAAGAACCAAAGCUAUUACUGAAAUCUACCUGACAAGACUUCUCUCUGUGAAGGGUACACUUCAGCAGUUUGUAGAUAACUUCUUUCAUAGUGUACUUGACUCCAACCAUGUUGUGCCACCAGCUGUUAAAUACUUCUUUGAUUUUCUUGAUGAGCAAGCAGAAAAGCAUGAUAUCAAAGAUGAAGAUACCAUCCAUAUUUGGAAAACAAACAGCUUGCCACUUAGGUUUUGGGUGAACAUACUGAAAAAUCCCCAUUUCAUCUUUGAUGUUCAUGUUCACGAAGUAGUGGAUGCUUCUUUGUCAGUCAUUGCACAGACUUUCAUGGAUGCUUGCACAAGAACAGAGCACAAAUUAAGCAGGGAUUCUCCAAGUAACAAGUUACUCUAUGCAAAAGAAAUCUUCACAUACAAGAAGAUGGUAGAAAAUUAUUACAAAGGUAUUCGCCAAAUGGUACAAGUGAGUGACCAAGACAUGAAUACACAUUUAGCAGAAAUCUCUAGAGCACACACAGACUCAUUAAACACACUUGUGGCUUUACACCAGCUCUACCAGUAUACCAACAAAUAUUAUGAUGAGAUCAUCAACACAUUAGAAGAAGACCAAGCUGCACAAAAAAUGCAGCUUGCUUAUCGAUUACAACAGAUAGCAGCUGCUUUAGAGAAUAAAGUGACUGACCUUUGACUUUGAAAGCUGCAAUAAAGAAGCUGAUCUGAGGAUGUGUAAAUUCAUUCUUCCUAAUAAGGAAAAUAGUGUUCUAUUUUUAAAUGUGUAAUUACAACUUUAAAUGAAAAAAAGGAUUUCUUUUUUUAUAUAGCAAAGCUGUAAUGUAAAGAGUUUUUACUGUAAAUUAUGCUCCUAAUUAAAACCUUGUGUUGUGUGUAAAUGAAUUUCCAGUGGGAAAUGAGGGAAGUCCAUAGGUGGAUAAAGUUAAAGCUCAUUUAAUCAAAUAGUACAAUCUUGAAACAUCAGCAUUUUUAGAAUUCAUUAUACUAGUAAAUUCACAACCCAUAGCAUUCUUUAUAUUUUAAGCAAUAUUUGUACUAGAAAAGUGAUAGCAUAUUGGAAAAAAUAAAUGCAAUAUCCCCACUUUAAUUUUAAUAAUUGGAAAUAGUUUUUUCUACUCUUUUGAAAAUCCUGUCUCUUUAUUUUGCUCAUAAUGAGUAGAAUAAAAGAUACAUUUACUAUGACUUUUCUGUCUAAAACAUUGCAGUGGGUUUUGGUACCAUACAUCUUUUAUAUAUAUUAAACAUAUGAACACACAUGAGGUUUACAUACAUGAAGUGCUAAAACAUUAAGUACCUUGUGUCUGCUGACUUUUCAAAACUACUUUUCCAGGGCCAAAGCAAAGCUGAGUUGAAAAAAUUAUUUCAGGAUCUAUAAAUCCUAGAAUCUCGAUGAAUAAUUGUAGUUCAAAAAUUUAACUUUCCUAAAUUCUGAAGCAGGGAGGGGGCUUGAAAGAUCUGCAUUUGUUCCUAACAAACUAAACCUUCACGCCUGUGUCACUGAAGUAGGACUUCGGAUGUUGACAACAUGCAAAGCACUUAGGGUCCUCAAGAGAACGUCCAGCCAAGAAUAACCCGUACUUCCCUGUAGCCAAAGCUGGUCCAGUUGCUCCUGGCACAAAGACAAUUGAGGAUGGACAUCUUUUCUUCCCAGAUUUUAAGCAAAGAAUUGUUUGCAGUCUUUCACAACAUAAAUGCAGAAGUCUGUGUUCAGCCAAAGCAAUGAACAUUUGUGGCUUUAUAAAAGCGCAGGAAGGUGUUCAGAGCUGCUCUAGCAGUACUGAGAGAGCGAUGACAAAGGCCCAGGAUCUAAGAAUUUUCUGGAUCUGGUGUGCUUAAAGGCCACCCUAAAGAGAGGAGCAUCCCUGGUGAAAAAGUACUAUGGAAUUAUUCUAAUAUGAUUCAGAAAUCAUGGCAAAUCAAAUUGGCCUUUCUCUUUCUUUUUUUUAAAAAGAAACUGUUUUAUCAUAUAUGCUAAUGUGCCUUAUUUGUACUAAUUAUGUGAAUCUGAAUGGUUUUGUAAAGAGAAUCCUAUCAAAAAUAUUUAUGUGUGGUUUGUUGACUUUUUGUGAACAUUGACCAGCAGAAUGCCUAUAGUUAGCUUCUUGCCUAUAAUGUGCUGUUUGACAUGAUGCAAGUAUGUAUAUCUCUUGUUGGAAUGGCUCAUAGGAUCUUUUUUUUUCCAAAAUGAAUCUUCACACUGUCGUAGGAAGAUUGUGAUUGAGUUUUUAAAAAAGCAGAAACAAUAAUAAAAAAGCCCUGUGUUUUUAAUGUGAAAUGCACAUUGUAAGAAAAUCCCAUGUCCCCUUCUGACAUAAACACCACUCUAGCCUUGGAAUGCUGGAAUUGAUGAGAUGAGUAUCUUUAACUCUGCUGUGGAAAUUAAAGUAACUUGUCAAAGACAGAAAGUGUGUUUACAAUAUUAGUCAGCUUCCAGGUAAUUUGAGGAAAAUUGGUACGUUAUCUUAUAUUGCUGUGUUGCACAAAAGAAAAGCAAUCUUUGUUUCAUUCAUUUCUCACCAUAGUCCUCUGGCAGUGUGGUAGCCUUAGCACUGCCAUCCAUACAACUUUUGGUGUUGCUGUCAUGUUUCUGUCUUGUGGCACCUUAAAUGUGCUUGUUUCUUAACACAGUAACAGAGCUUUAUUUCCUACCUCUCCCUGAACUGGAGUUUAAUUUGAAGUUUUGUCCGGAUGUUUCAUUCUCAAACCCAUCAGUAGUCCUUUCCUUGAUUUCUCUGCGGUGAGUUGCUAGCACUGGGGACAAUAAUCAGUGGUGGCAACAGAAAUUAUCAGUAAAUUCUCACAGAAAUAAAAGUGUGUGUGGGGGGGGAAGGACACCAUUUCUCUAUAGUAAAAGUUUGCUUUCAUCUAUAUACGGAAGUCAACACACAGUGGAAUGUAAGUAGCUACAAAUUGUUUGGAGCAGUUUACCUAAGAUUUCUGUGUCAAACUAAGCUUUUUGUCCUUGCCUUCUGUUUGAUCAACAAAGGUACCCUUGCUAAUCUAUUUUGUUUUGUCAUUGUUUGUAAAUCCUGUUAAUUGUAAAUCAAAUACAAUUUUUCCACAAAGUGUCA